CCUAGAGAUGUCGCUACCGUCUCUUACAAAACAAUAAUGGAACGGCUGAAGGAGCACUUCUCACCACAGCCCUCGGUGGUAGCUUGCCGAAAUGCCUUCUACGCAAAGCGGCAAGCCCCGGGGGAAACCAUAACUGGGUUUGUGACCUCCCUCCGCCAAGCCGCCCGGCUAUGCAACUUCUCAGAGUUGGAGAACAUGCUUCGUGACCGCCUCGUUGGUGGCCUGAGGGACGAGAUGUUGCAACGACGCCUCUACGCCAAAAAAGACCUCACGUUCCAGAUUGCUCUGGAGGAAGCCCUGGCAACCGAAGCCGCCGAGAGGUCAACGCAAGAGGCACGACCGACCCCGCCAUCCCAACCGAGGGUCUACCACGAAGACCUCACCGACGAAUCCGAAUCUGACAGGGAGGAAGUACACCGAGUACAGCGGCGCACUCAAGCAGCACACACACCACAGCAGCCUCGACGAGAAGGAGGGAACUGUGCAAGCUGCGGGGAGAACCACGAGAGGAGGACCUGUCGUUGCCGCAACGCAGAGUGCAGGCAGUGCAGAAAAUUGGGACACAUCGCCCGGGUGUGUCGGGCUCGACUCACCCGUCGACAAGCAUCAGAUGACCGACCCAGGAGCCCCAGGUCACACGGCACCAUGCACCAAGGCAACUCGACGGAGAUCACGGACUACCAGGUAUUCCAGUUGCCCCAUCCCAGCACAGAGAAAAUUUAUAUAGAGGUACAGAUAGAGGGAGCCCCAUGCCGCAUGGAGCUGGACACGGGUUCAACUCUAUCCAUAAUCUCGGCCCGAACAUUAAGAGAACUGUGCCCUAAUGGGGGUCCCAAACUAAGGCCGGCCCCAUUCACCCUCCGGGACUUCCAGAAACGUAAGGUCCCUACUAUGGGGGUGGGGACCUUCAGGGUGCAAUAUCGAGGGCGAAAGCAACAAUUGGACUUGCUGGUAGUUAAGGGCCCCUACGUUAGCUUACUGGGACUGGCAUGGUUUGGACCUCUGGGGCUAGCCGUUACCGGGGUGAACCGCACUAGCUUACAAGUGGACGUGGACGCCAUAUGCAAAGAGUUUCCAGGGGUUUUCGAUGGGGCAUUGGGACGAUAUACAGGACCCCCCAUUGCCCUACAGCUAGACCCCGCUGUACGACCCAUCAGGCACAAGGCCCGCCGGGUCCCGUUUGCCCUGAAACCCCGCAUAGACGAGGAAUUGGACCGGCUCGUGGAGCAAGGAGUGCUGGAGCCGGUGCCCAACGCCCCCUGGGAAACUCCAAUUGUCACACCCGUCAAGCCUAACGGUUCGGUCCGCAUCUGUGCAGACUACAAAUGCACCAUAAACAAGGCUCUCACGGCCCAUGCAUACCCAGUGCCAGUGGUCAGCCAUGUCCUCGCCACCCUGGCUGGGUCAAAAAUCUUUGGCAAACUGGACUUGGCCCAAGCGUAUCAACAGUUGCCUGUGGACGAAGCCACAGCAGAGGCUCAGACGAUUGUGACGCACAGAGGGGCAUUCAGAGUAAAGCGGCUGCAAUUUGGCGUUAGCGUGGCACCAGGCAUAUUCCAGAAUCUAAUGGACUCUCUCCUUAAAGGGAUUCCUGGUGUCACCCCCUUCUUCGAUGAUGUACUGAUCACCGGGCCCACACCAGAGGAAUUUGAGGACCGCCUCCGCUCCGUCCUGCACCGUUUCCAGACGGCGGGCCUCAAGGUGAAGCGGGAAAAGUGUUUACUGGGAGUGCCGCAGGUGGACUUUCUGGGAUUUAAGGUGGACGCAGAAGGGGUCCAUCCAACCGGUGACAAGGUACGGGCCAUUUGUGAGGCCCCAGCGCCCAAGAGCAAGCCCGAACUUCAGUCAUUCUUGGGACUAUUGAACUUUUACCAUGCCUUCCUUCCCCAUAAGGCAGCGGUAGCGGAGCCCCUACACAGACUCCUAGAUAAAAGGGCCCCUUGGGUGUGGGGCCAGCGACAAAGGGCCGCAUUCCAGGCAGUCAAGGACUUGCUCGUCUCGAACUCGGUCUUAGCACACUUCGACGAGAGGCUGCCAGUGGUGCUGGCAUGCGACGCCUCUCCCUAUGGCAUCGGCGCUGUCCUGGGACACCAACUCCCGGAUGGAAGAGAGGUGCCAGUGGCAUACUUCUCCCAGACGCUUGCUGCAGCCGAACGAAACUACUCACAGAUUGACAAGGAGGGUCUGGCAAUCGUGAAGGGCGUAAAAAAAUUCCAUGAUUUCUUGUACGGGCGGCCCUUUACCAUAGUGACUGACCACAAGCCGUUGCUUGGCCUGUUUGCCCCUGAGAAGCAGACCCCCCAAGUGUUGUCUCCACGUGUCCUCAGGUGGUCAAUUUUCCUUGCCGGCUACCAGUAUGCACUAAUCCACCGCCCUGGGAAGGCGAUGGGCCACGCAGACGCCCUCAGCAGGCUACCACUACCAGAAACAGGCCCCGACCCAGCGCCUGCGCAAGAGGUUAUGACCCUGGAGCUGCUUCCCGACCGACCCAUUCAGGCACAAGAAGUUGCGCACCAUUCCACAAAAGAUAGGGUCAUCUCCCGGGUCCUGGACUGGGUGUGGCGAGGAUGGCCCAGCAGCAGCCCCGGGCCAGAAUUCGCUGGCUACACAAACCGCAAACAUGAACUGUCGGCCCACAAGGGGUGCCUGUUAUGGGGAAGCAGGGUUGUUGUUCCCCAGCCCCUCCGCAAAAGGGUCCUCACAGCCCUACACGAGACACACCCAGGGGUAGUGAGGAUGAAGGCCCUUGCCAGGAGUUAUGUGUGGUGGCCGGGGAUUGACAGAGAGAUAGAGGCCUGGGUCCAACACUGCCAGACCUGCCAAGAAUCCCGCCCGGAUCCCCCAAGGGCCCCAGUCCAGCCCUGGGAGUCCGCCCGACAUCCAUGGUCACGCUUGCACGUGGACUUCGCUGGCCCCUUCCAGGGAAAAACAUUCUUCAUAGUGGUGGAUUCCUACAGCCCGGCACUUGAUUGGGUUACGCCAUACCUUGAGGCCGCCGACCCCCUGUUGGGGCAUUUGGACAAUUUCAUUGCUGCCCUGGAAGGCAUGUUCGGGGACCCGAAUCGUGCUCAGACGGCUGAGAUGGCCCUGCAGAAACUCCGGCAGGGGGCCCGCCCGGUUGCUGAAUAUGCCACUGAGUUCCAGCACUGGGCUGCGGACACUCAGUGGAAUGAGGCAGCUCACCGGUUCCAUUUUCGUCAGGUACUUCAUCCCCGCAUAAAAGACGAACUGGCGCGGGUGACCUCCCCAGCAGCCCUGAGAGACUUUAUCACAUUGUGUAUUAAUAUUGACACCCGCCUGUUUGAGAGGGAUUCUGAACGCAGGUCAAGGGACCCUCCGGGGGCUAGCGCUGCGGUGGAGUUGGAAGAGGAGCCCAUGCAACUAGGCGCAGCCCGCCAUUCCCUCUCUAGUCAAGAGAAGAGGCGGAGGCGGACCCUGGGACUAUGUUUGUAUUGUGGGGAAAGGGGCCAUUUCGCAGCAGAAUGCCCGGCGAAGAGGUCCGCGUCAGGAAACGCCAGGCCCCGGCUGAACUAG